AUGUCUUUUCGUGAUCAUGCCAAUCGUCAAAAUCACCGAGAACCAGAGGAAUAUGGGAGAUCCAAAGGACGUUGCAAUUGUUCCUAUGAAAGGGAAAUCGAUGAUUUGCGAAGGAAUCGUCGAGAAAAUGAGAGGGAAAUCAGAGAACUUCAUAAGGAGGUACAGUAUUACCGUAGCAUGAGCAAGGAUCUUGAUCGUCAUUCAAGACUGAAGAAGCAGGAAAUCAUUGAACUCAAAGAAGAACUUCUGAAAAUGACCAGGAUGAAUGCUGAGAAACAUUCAACGCGCCCUGAACACAAGAUGGUUAGUUAUGAUCAUAGCUAA